AUGAGUCCCGAACAAGCCCAACCUGUGACAAGAACAGUCACCUAUGGCAGAUCUCAUGCCCUUCAAACUAUAUCUGUCACACCACUAAACACAAACCAAGAUGGACACUGGGUGAUCUAUAUUCACGGUGGCGCAUGGCGAGACCCAACGGUCACUUCAUCUGCCUUCGAUAACGCCGCAACGAUCCUCCGAAACUCCCCAGACCUUCUAAUCUCCGGCAUCGCGUCAAUCUCCUAUCGGCUAAGCGCACAUCCAGACCAUCCUCAAGAUCCUGCAAGCACCCCAUCAAAUGAAUAUCGCAAUGCGAAACAUCCAGAUCACAUACGCGACGUCGAAGCAGCCCUCGCCUUUUUGCAAAACACUUAUGCUUUUGGACCCCGCUAUAUCCUUGUCGGACACAGUUGUGGCGCAACGCUAGCCUUUCAGGCUGUCAUGGGCGCUGUAGCGAACCACCGCGAACAAUCUUUCAACGGCGGGGCGGAUGAUGACGGUGUAGGUGCAGAGCGGGUCUCGAUGUCUCCAGGCCCGCUGCCGCCGAAGCUGUCGGCGCAUCCGAUGGCAAUAGUUGGUGUCGCAGGUAUAUAUGAUUUGAGGAGACUACAAGAUACGCACCGGGAUAUUGGAGCUUAUAGGGAAUUCAUUGAAGGAGCGUUCGACAAUGAUGUGAUGCUUUGGGAUGGGGUAUCGCCGGCGCAAAUGGUUGGAUCGCGUGGUGUGGAAGGUGGUUGGAAGACCGGACGAUUGGUUGUUUUGGCGCAUUCCAAAGAUGACGAGCUUGUGGAUGAGGGACAAGUGGAGGAAAUGCGGGAGGCAUUGAGAGGAUGGGAAGCAGGGCAAGCUCAGAUUCCGGUGCGAGAGCUGUCCAGUCGCGAUAGACGGGUCGAGGUGCUAUCCAUUGAGGGUGCGCACGAUGAAGCGUGGAUCAAUGGAGAAGGACUGGCGCGAGCAGUCAAGUUCGCCUUUGUUGAGCUGCAAAAGAUGGGGCUGGCGCCUGAGCCCGAGGUCUUGGGCGGGCCUAGCACCAUGUAG